GGCCGGGGACGCCGAGCGCGGCGGCGUCGGGGUCUGUGAGCCGCGACUGUGCGGAAGAUGCGCGGCGUCGCGGCAGGCCGGGCCCGGGGAGGCCGCCUCUUUUCCCUCCACCGCCGAAAGUAAACUUUCUUGGUUGGCCCUCGGCGCUCCCGACCCGCGCCGCGGGUCCUCGGCCGCGCAGAGCGGUCCUGCGUCAGGACCCGUCUCCCCCGGCGCGGGGCCUCGAAGCCAUGGACGCGACAGCGCUGGAGCGGGACGCCGUGCAGUUCGCCCGGCUCGCUGUGCAGCGCGACCACGAAGGCCGCUACUCCGAGGCCGUGUUUUACUACAAGGAAGCAGCACAAGCCUUAAUUUACGCUGAGAUGGCAGGAUCAAGCCUAGAACAUAUUCAAGAGAAAAUAAAUGAGUAUCUGGAAAGAGUUCAAGCUCUGCAUUCUGCAGUUCAGUCAAAGAGUGCUGGUCCUUUGAAAUCAAAACAUCAGCUAGACUUGGAGCGUGCUCAUUUCCUUGUUACACAAGCUUUUGAUGAAGAUGAAAAACAGAAUAUUGAAGAAGCUAUAGAAUUGUAUACGGAAGCUGUGGAUCUCUGUCUGAAAACUUCUUCUGAAACUGCUGAUAAAACCCUGCAAAAUAAACUGAAACAGUUGGCUCGACAGGCACUAGAUAGAGCAGAAGCAUUGAGUGAGCCUUUGACAAAGCCACUCUACAAAGUCAAGUCAAAUAUUAAACCAAAGCCACCUCCAGUGAAAACACAUUUUCCAUUAGGAGCUAAUUCCUUCCCUGAAAAACCUCCGCCGUUUGUGAGUCCACAGUCAUAUGAUGCACAGGGACAGAGGUACACAGCAGAAGAAAUAGAAGUGCUCAGGACAACAUCAAAAAUAAAUGGUAUAGAAUAUGUUCCUUUCAUGAGUGUUGAUCUGAGGGAACGUUUUGCUUAUCCAAUGCCUUUCUGCAUAAUUUAUCCUCAGAAUAAGGAUGGUGAACCAGAGUACAAUCCAUGUGGAAAGUAUAUGGUAAAACUUCACCUCAAUGGAGUCCCCAGAAAGGUGAUAAUCGAUGACCAAUUACCUGUUGAUCAUAAGGGAGAACUGCUGUGUUCUUAUUCCAACAAUAAAAGUGAAUUAUGGGUAUCUCUCAUAGAAAAAGCAUACAUGAAGGUUAUGGGAGGCUAUGAUUUCCCAGGAUCCAAUUCAAAUAUUGAUCUUCAUGCCUUGACUGGGUGGAUACCAGAAAGGAUUGCAAUGCAUUCAGAUAGCCAGACUUUCAGUAAGGAUAAUUCUUUCAGAAUGCUUUAUCAACGAUUUCACAAAGGGGAUGUCCUCAUCACUGCAUCAACUGGAAUGAUGACGGAAGCUGAAGGAGAGAAGUGGGGCCUGGUUCCUACACAUGCUUACGCCGUUUUGGAUAUUAGAGAGUUUAAGGGACUACGUUUUAUCCAGUUGAAAAAUCCUUGGAGCCAUUUACGUUGGAAAGGAAGAUAUAGUGAAAAUGAUGUAAAAAACUGGACUCCAGAGUUACAAAAAUAUUUAAACUUUGAUCCCCGAACAGCUCAGAAAAUAGAUAAUGGAAUAUUUUGGAUUUCCUGGGAUGAUCUCUGUCAGUAUUAUGAUGUGAUUUAUUUGAGCUGGAAUCCAGGUCUUUUUAAAGAAUCGACAUGUAUUCACAGUACUUGGGAUGCUAAGCAAGGACCUGUGAAAGAUGCCUAUAGCCUGGCCAACAACCCCCAGUACAAACUGGAGGUGCAGUGUCCACAAGGGGGCGCUGCAGUUUGGGUUUUGCUUAGUAGACACAUAACGGACAAGGAUGAUUUUGCAAACAAUCGAGAAUUUAUCACAAUGGUUGUAUACAAGACUGAUGGAAAAAAGGUCUAUUACCCAGCUGACCCGCCUCCAUACAUUGAUGGAAUUCGAAUUAACAGCCCGCAUUAUUUGACUAAGAUAAAGCUGACCACGCCUGGGACCCACACCUUUACAUUAGUGGUUUCUCAGUAUGAAAAACAGAACACAAUCCAUUACACAGUGCGGGUGUAUUCUGCAUGCAGCUUUACUUUUUCAAAGAUUCCUUCACCAUAUACCUUAUCAAAACGGAUCAAUGGGAAGUGGAGCGGUCAGAGUGCUGGAGGAUGUGGGAAUUUCCAGGAAACUCACAAAAAUAACCCCAUCUACCAAUUUCAUAUAGAGAAGACGGGGCCUUUACUCAUCGAGCUGAGAGGACCAAGGCAAUACAGCGUUGGAUUUGAGGUUGUAACCGUUUCUUUGGUGGGAGAUCCUGUUCCCCAUGGCUUUCAGAGGAAAUCUAGUGGUGAUUACAGGUGUGGAUUUUGCUACCUGGAAUUAGAAAACAUACCAUCUGGCAUCUUUAAUAUCAUUCCCAGUACUUUUUUGCCUAAACAAGAAGGACCUUUUUUCUUGGACUUUAACAGCGUUAUCCCCAUCAAGACAACACAACUUCAGUGACGGAGAAGUCAGUAACUGGAGUUAGACUUACCAAGCAUCAGCUCUUCAAUGAGGAUACGAUCUUGAGGAAAAUAAAUAGAACAGUCAGAACAGAGGUUUCCAGAUGUGUUAUACUGCUACCUGGUGCUUGUGAUGGUGUUUGGUAAGAAUUGUAUACAGUCGGAAUUACCUUCUUCACCUACAAGUACUGUUUACAUGGUUUUGUGUAUAGAGUUGGCUUGCCUUUUGGAGCCACUUUGUAUAAAAAUAUAUAUGAUUAAAAAAUCAAACUCAGUCAUCACUGUGAGAUGCCUUUGCUCAGAGGACAAGGCUGAGAUCAGAUGAGGGAGGUAGACUCUGAAUGAAAUGGCAGACUAUUUUAAUAUCCUGAAGUAAUUAAUUUUCGCUUAUUUUUAGAAAGCAUGUUGUUAGUUAAAUCUGUUUGUGUUGAGUCCCUCUGUAUAUCUUGGGCAACUGAUUACCAAAUGAAUCAUGUCACUGUAAUUGUUGCAUUAUUUAUGACUUUCAAUGUUUAUUGCCCAGGUGUUAUAAAAGUAAAGCUUUAAUUAGUACUGAUUAGCUUAGCAUGAAGAUGCUCAGGCUUGAGAAUAAAGGUCACUGAGUUAGAGCUCAUCUCCCAUUGAAGCGUAGUGAGAGUUGAGGUGUAUUCAUGGCUGCAGUCUUUUUUAUCAGGUUGAUGAAAGUAGUAAUCUGAGGUACUAAAGACAUUACAAUUUAAUUUGUAUAGUCUUUUGAAAUCACUCUGUAGUUCAGUGCUCUUGUGGUAACAGUGCAUUGAAGAACUUGAAAAUUUAGUCUGUGGUGAUGGGUUAUACGGCAUUCAGAAAAGGUGAGUUGCCAAGAAUUGGGGUUGUGUCAAUUCCUAGCUGUUUACAUAAAAAUCCAUCCAAACAGAAUGCUUGAGAUUUUGAAGGUCUGAAAAUUAAUAGGGUGGGAUUUUUCAUUGUCUCUACUUUAUAAUUAUCAAAACCUCUUAUUUUGUAUUUCUGCUGCCUUUAAUUGAAUAAAGCAUUUAUACUGAUGGAAAAUGCAGUUUAAUGUUA